AUAUAAAGUCAAUGUGGGGAGAAACUGAUGAUCUGACUUUAUCUGGAGACUUUUCCAAAGCCACAGGCAGUCACACGCUCUUCACACAGGACAAACACCGCGACGAUGGCUGAUCAUGAUCUGGUUCUGAAGUGCUGGGGAGCCGUGGAGGCCGAUUAUACGGCUAACGGAGGAGAAGUUCUCAACCGUCUCUUUAAGGAGUAUCCAGACACUCUGAAGCUCUUCCCCAAGUUUGCGGGGAUUUCUCAAGGUGAUCUGGCGGGAAACCCAGCGGUGGCGGCUCACGGAGCGACCGUGCUCAAGAAGCUGGGUGAACUGCUGAAGGCCAAAGGAGACCAUGCUGCCCUUCUCAAACCACUGGCCAACACACACGCCAACAUUCACAAAGUGGCCCUUAACAACUUCAGGCUGAUCACCGAGGUGUUGGUGAAAGUGAUGGCCGAAAAGGCGGGCCUGGACGCGGCCGGUCAAGGUGCCCUGAGGCGGGUCAUGGACGCGGUCAUCGGAGACAUCGACGGAUACUACAAGGAGAUCGGAUUUGCCGGUUAAUCGACGCUCUGAACUUCACACACUCAACCAAAUCUCAAAUGGGAGUCAUAAAAAAGCGCUUAUCUUGUUAUUGCCAUUAGUGAAUAGAAGAACAGUGCAGCUAGUAGACUUAAACAUUCUCCACAGAAAAAAAAAACCGUUGAAGAAGCGCGAAACCGUUUGUUGUUCGAAAACUUGAAUGAGAAGAGCCAAUCACGUCGCGUUCAGAAAGUCAGCUGAUCCGAUGACGUCAUAGCGGUUCGUUAGGGUCUCAGGAGGAGUUGCAGGUGUAAAAUUGAUGUAUUUGAAAUGCACUUCAGUGAUUGCACAUUAAAAUCCCUUUAAAUUUGAAAAAAUGACUACUGAAAAUAAAGUUUUGUGAUUUUUAAUUCUAAUGAGGCUUUGGACGGCCAUAGAAAUAACGUAUCUGUUUCUCUAUUUGUUAUUAUUAACUUUUCUUUAUGAAUGAUAUGCUAAGCUUUGCUUUUAAAAGCAUUACUUAUCAAUAAACAUCGCUUUUAGCUGCUGAAAA